AUGCAUAUUAACAAAGUAGGAAACCUAGAGCCGAGUCAGUUAGAUACUGAAACAAGCAUUGUUUUUGCGAGUAUAUUGAAAAACAAUAUUUUGGGAAAGGAUAAACAGGAAAAGGUGAACUCGAUCGUAAUAUUGACCAAAUUAUUGGAUGUGAUGGAGAGUAGUGAUACUAUUUCAAAUGAACUAGGAAGAAUACUAGACCACGAGCUCGUGGAAACGCUAUUGGCAGUGAUUUCUUUUAAUAUGUCGAUCGAGACAUAUAAGGCUAUUUUGAGGACUUGUAUGAUCAUGGCUUCCGGGACAUUAUUCAGGUUUGUUAACGAAGUGGUUGACGAUUAUUUACCGCUCUAUGAUUCCUUAACGGAGUGCAUUGAAAAUAUAGACGUUAUCACCGAUAAACUUCAGUUGCAGGAUAGCAAGAUUAACUUCUAUACCGUGAAUUUUGUUACGGAUUUGAUUGACACCGCAUUAAACUUCGAUUACGAUGGGAUAAUCCCAAUUGCCGAGAGACUAAAGCGAGUAGAUUUUUUUCAUAUAGUGGACAGAAAAAUACCUCCAGAGGAUGAAUUAAUGACAGACCUGGUAGUUCGGUUAAAAGUCGCAUACUAUAGAUUGAACCAAUUCUUGCAAGUAACAAGAUUUAACCUGUCUAUCCAGUCUCACAAAAUAAUGUUAGACGAUAUUUUUAGUUCGUUGGACGUGUCUUUAAACGAGGGUGGAACCCCUGCAACUCCUCAAGAAUAUGUUGAAGCUGGCUUUACUGAGAAUCCUGCAGAAUAUGUUGCAAAUAAUUUCUCUAUUUUAUCAGCAAUGGAACUUGGUAUAGUUUUAAGAAAUCCUAUUCACACAUUUAGAAAGAAGUUCCAUCAAGAACUAAUGUUGAACGAUAAAAAGACAUUCCCAUUGAGCAUUUUUAUAAAUAAGAUUGUGGAAAUGUGGAUUAACAUCUUCGAAGACAUUGAGCAAUACCCAAAUAUUCAUUCACUAAUUCUUAAAUGGGAAAGAAUGAUCUACUAUUCGAUGACCAGCUGCUUGAUAUUUUGGCAAGAUGCGAAAUGUCAAUUAGAUGCGGCCGAUGAUGUUGACAAGAUUGUAGAGUUGCUAAAGCCAAAUAUUGAAAAAUUAGAAUACAAAAAAAGCGAAUCGGUAGAAGAAUGUUUAAAUUGUUUAUCGGGUCUGAUUGAUAAUUUGAGAGGAAUUCAAGUUCAAAAACUCAAGCGCCUGCACCAGCAGAAAUGGAAUAACAAAUUUAGCCAAUUCAACGAACAUCUAUCCAAAGAGGCGAUGGAUUUUCUUUGUGAACAAAGAGCCAUUCAAUUACUAAAGGGCUCGUGGGUCUAUACAGAGAAAUAUGGUGAAUUUCUAUUAAACCGUGAGAAUCCGAAGCUGUCUCAUAAGUAUUAUUUCAUAUUGCUUUCACCAAAUAGAAAGGAGAUUUAUUACAAGAAAUUCUCAGAAAAGCCCACCGUUAACCCCUCAUUCGAACAAAUGGAAUCUCGCUCUAUCAAACUAGCUGAAAUUGCCAAUUUCCAAUGCACAAAGCUUAAUGAAAUACUGAAUAACCAAGAAAAGAAUAAUAACAAGACGGUGUCAGUCAGAGGAACCAUCUCCUACGAGAAACUUACCUUGGUUGGCACGGAUGAUACUAAAUUGCUUAGUUUUGUAACCGAUACGGAAAUUAAUAAGUACGUUUGGUUAGAUGGGUUAAAAAUGUUAAAAGGAAUGGUUAAUAAAGGUGAUCUUUCUGCAGAAACUGAAAAACAGUUGAAUUCUUUGAUUGAUAUAAGAAGGACUACACAAUUACUUAACCUUGAAGAUAAUGAAGUGGAAAACUACAUUACUGAUCAUUUACAUAAUAGUGAUGAUGAUGACACCUAUGAUUUAAAUGAAUUAUCAGAUGUAACAAAAGAUACUUAUUUUUACAGGUAA